UUUAGUCGCAGCUAGGAUAUAGCUGUGCGUUCGAUGCGACUGGGAUUUCGAGACUUUGCCCAUGAAUUAGUAGGCGCAGUAGGAUCCGAGGUGAGCCAUCGCCUCGAGAAGACGGAACGCUUCUGCGUCGGCGCCAUUGAAGGCGUCAAGGCGGCAGCUCCCAAGGAGGAAGAGGCACGACUCCGCAGGGAGCCAGUCAAAGUCAAAUUCCCCGAUUCCUACAGUGGGAAAAGGGAAGAGAAUUUCGACAACUGGGAAGCCAACGUGAAGACCUAUGUGCAUCUGCAACAGGUCUCCCCGGAUCAGCAGGUUCUAAUUGCGAUUCACGCGCUUAGAGAUGAGGCCGCCAAUUUUGCAAGGUCCCUAGUUCGUGCCGCUAACUGCAAUGACGAUCCAGUUGCAUAUUCGUCAUUCACUCCCCUCGCCGAUUUUCUGAAGUUGCUGCGCGAGCAAUUUGCGUACGUCGCUCGAAGUGUCAAAGCCUCAGAUAGGCUUCAGACCAUCCACUCGCACCAAUGGAAGAGUGCCAGGGCACUCAAAGGCACAAUGGAUGAGCUAGUGGCUGUUCCUGACCACAAGGUCACCGAGACCCAGUUGGUCAACCUUUUUUACCGGGCUGUGCCCGAAGCGCUGCAUGGCCACUUCUUUGCGAAGAGUCAGGACCCCGCUAUGACUUAUGAUGCACUUAGCAGGGAAGUGGUCGCGUUCGAGGCAAAGUCUGCGUCGAUUUCCACCUUUUGGCACAAAGAUUUAGACAAGGGCAAAAAGUGGAAGGGCCGCACUAUCUCAGGGCAGGUCUUGGAGAAGCUGAGGGAAGCUAACUUCAAGAUCAAUGCAAAGAAGUGCGAUUGGGCGAAAACCCAAGUUUUGUACUUAGGCCACGUCUUAGACGGAGACGGCGUUAAGCCAGAGGAUAGCAAGAUCGCAGCGAUUAGAGAUUGGCUCACGCCACGUACGCUGACAGAGUUGCGCUCGUUCCUAGGCUUAGCUAAUUACUAUAGGAAGUUCGUAAGGAACUUCUCCACCAUCGCUGCGCCCCUUCGCAGAUUGUUGAGGAAGGAAACUAUCUGGAAGUGGGAUAAGGACUGCACAUCUGCUAUGAAAAAGUUAAAGCAGGCAUUGAUAGAGUAUCCAGUCCUUAAAGUCGCCGACCCGUCCUUGCCCUUUGUCGUCACAACCGAUGCAAGUCAAUACGGCAUAGGCGUUGUGUUACAACAAGACGAUGGCAAUGGUUAUAGGCCCGUAGAGUUCAUGUCUGCCAGAAUGCCUUCAGAGAAGGUCGCGACAUCUACCUAUGAGAGGGAACUCUACACUCUAAGGCAAGCCUUAGACCACUGGAAGCACUACUUGAUUGGGAGACACUUCAAAGUCUAUUCAAACCAUGAAACAUUACAAUGGUUAAAGACGCAAGCCAAGAUGACACCUAAGCUUACUAGGUGGGCCGCAGAGAUAGAUCAGUACGACUUCGAGCUCAAGCCUGUUAAAGGGAAGUAUAACGUAGUCACGGAUGCUCUGAGUAGGCGAGCAGAUUACUUUGGGGCAAUAGUGCAUUACCUAGACAUAGGGAAGGAUCUGCAGCAAAAGGUUAGAGAAGCCUACGCGCAGGACCCUAUCAACAGUGACCUCCUUAAGAAAGUUAAAGAGGCCCCAGAGACUGAACCGAACUAAGGGUUGCUCUUCGAGAAGACUAAUGUAUUCGACCGCCUGUGCAUUCCCCGUAGCGAAGAGAUUCGUAGUCUGAUUCUGGGAGAAUGCCACGACACAGAGGGUCAUUUUAGUUGGCAAAAUACGUUAACAAAUUUGAUGCGCGCGUGUACCUGGUCAGGGAUGAAGAAUGACUGCGUAGAGUAUGUUCGCAGUUGUAAGGUYUGCCAGCGUAACAAAAGUUCUACGCGCGCCCCGCUAGGUCUUCUCAGACCCUUGCCCAUUCCGGAUCAGCCGGGAGACUCAGUGUCAAUCAAUUUCAUGGACACUC